CGCGAAGAGCAUCGUUCGGAUUUCGAGUGGCAGUAGUAUAACACAUAUCCGUGAUUUCUCUGCGUCUUUUUCAAGUUUUUACAAUGAAAAUAUACGGAGAGAUCGACAACGUUUACCAGAACGGGGACAAAGCUCCUGCACUAAGAGAACGAAAAACACGAAACAAGGAAAAACAGCGGACGAUAUAUACUUGCAACUGUUGCAAAUACGAGAGUAGUCGAUACUAUAACAUGCAACGUCACAAAGAAAGGAUCCAUUCAAGGGAAAAGUUAAACGUUUGUUGCGGUAAGAAUUUCUUCACCAAAGGUGAUUACUAUGUUCAUUGCGAGCAAUUUCAUCCUUCGAAGAGGCCCUACGCGAUCAUCUCGAGAACCAAGUACAAAAUCAUCAACGAACUGCUACCGGCCGAUUAUCGAAAAGUUUCUGCACCGAAGCAUAAGAAGCAAGUUGACCGAUCGUGCGACAGACAAUUGAGAUCGAGCAGAAUUUGCGUAAAGGAUCGGAUGCAGACGAAAGUCAGCUUGGAGUAUUCAGUGAGCUGCAGCGAGUUCGACAUAGAGAAUAUACCUUUGAUAAGUUUUCUCACCGAUCAUCGAUUGAAAUCUCUUUUGAAGCAAUUGUCCUCCUCUUCGAAACAGCCAGACAAAGUAAACGAGAAAGCAAACGAGAAACCAAAGGAGCAGGACAAGAAGCAAACUGUGAAGAUCGCCAUCUCGUCGCAGCAAAAUAUCGAAAAAACGGAGUGCACGAACGGUGUGGACAAUGUUCGAACGAAAGUUUCCGGUUCGUCUGUUUCCUCGUUUUCGCUCGAGUUGCCGACGAAGAAGCUUAUUUUGCACCGGUUCAGAUCGAGCGUGCACGAAUUCGAUACUCCUUUGUGGGAUCAAAACGAUAAUACCGACCACAACCAAAUGAAUUUAGCGAAGGAGAUUGUUCCAGGCAAAAUUAAGCGGCAAAGGCGGACGAAGAAAUGUAAGCACGUCACGGACAAUAUGAAUAAAGAGAAUAUAUCAAAGUUCGCGUUCAGUAUGGAGCAAAAGUUAAAUAUAAAAUUAGACAGUGGAAUCACGGUGCCUAUGACGACACAAACGCAUCGAAACUUUUUGGAAGCCAUCGAUUUUGAUAAAUUUAAAAUAUUUGGAAAUCUUUGAAUACAACAAUCCUCGGAGUAAGAAUUAUUUAUUUUUUGAUACCAAAGAUGAUUAGAUAGAGCGAAUGCUCAAGUAAGUGUGAUAUAGUUACAUUUAAUAAGCGAUAAUAACUUACAAGGAAAAAAGAAAGAAAUAAUACAAAUUUUUAUAUUUGCCAUUAGGAAUAACACGCGUGUUCUUGCGAUAAAC